AUGAGGAGCACACAAAUCCUAUUCCUGGCAUUUGCCUUCUUGAUACUAUCGUCAGCUAUGGCAACUUCUAAGCCAGUAUGCAACCAUAUCCUCAAAAAGGGACAUUGUAACAACAAUGAUUGCCGAGCGUACUGCAAAAAGUUCAUCCCCCCACCCGGUGGCCCAUCUCCCAAGUGCAUACCCGAGGGAUGCCAGUGUUAUACAAUUAUUGGGUUUCAAAAUGAUAUAAUUUCAAAUCCAGAUUCAGUCUUCAUAUCAAGAAGUAAAAUAUAA